AUGGCCCCCAAGCCCGCUUCCACUGCCGGAAAGGCCCCCGCAUCCACCGCCUCUAAAGCACCCGCUAAAUCCACCGAGGGCGCGAAGGCUGCUAAGAAGACUUCGAAGCCCGCUUCUGCAGGCGGUGAGGACGGGAAGAAGAAGAGGAGAAAGACUCGCAAGGAGACCUACUCAUCUUACAUCUACAAGGUCCUCAAGCAGGUCCAUCCAGACACUGGUAUCUCCAACAAGGCGAUGGCGAUUCUUAACUCGUUCGUCAAUGACAUUUUUGAACGCAUUGCGACGGAGGCAUCAAAACUUGCAUCGUACUCCAAGAAGUCCACCAUCUCUUCGCGGGAAAUCCAGACCGCUGUCCGUCUCAUCCUGCCAGGGGAGCUCGCGAAGCACGCUAUUUCAGAGGGUACCAAGUCAGUAACGAAGUUCUCGAGUGCGGGAGCGAAGUAG